GGGGAAAAAAUUAAGUCGGGAGUGAGUUAGUUUCUGAUUGAUUCUGAACCUGGCUGAUUGUGAUCCCGACUGAAUCUGAUAUCGCGGAUUAGCAUCUUCAGGACAGAAAAGGAAGAAAAGAGGAGAUGCGCGGUUCCGGCUUUCCCUUUCCGUUAUUGUUAUUGUUCUUGUUCUUGUUCUUCUUCUUUCUUCUCACUCCUCACCAAGCGCAGGCGCAGGCCGAGCACCACCUCCUCCCACAGUUUAUGCCAGAAGAGUCAUCGGCCGUAUCCCACCGCGCGCUCAUCUUCACGCAGCCGCGGGCCGAGUUCCCAAACUGGCUGCGCGAGAUGACCGGGCUCAGCCGAUGGCCGGGGUUGGACGCGCCGUACGUGCCGGCUAUGAAGUUUGACUUUCGCGGGAUCCCGGAGUAUGCGCGUUACGAUCAGCAGCAUUGUAGUCGGACUUAUGGAGUUAACAGCUGCUCUUUUGAUUGCGGACUGUGUGUAGGGCGCAAUGACAUCCGACACUGCCAUCACCUCCUACAGACCUUCGACGACGGGCCGACGCCAGACACGCCAACCCUGCUGCACUACCUCAAGUCCUCCGGCAGCAAAGUCAGCUUCUUCGUCCUCGGCAUCCAAGUCGUCUCCUUCCCCGACAUCUUCCGCAGCAUGCACCGCGAAGGCCACCUCCUCGCCACGCACACCUACGGCCACGCCCACCUCCCCAGCCUGACCACCCGCGAGAUCGUCGGCCAGCUGCAGUGGUCGAUCUGGGCGAUGAACGCGACCGCCGGCGUCAUCCCGCGCUUCUUCCGCCCGCCGUUCGGCGGCGUCGAUAAUCGCGUGCGCGCGAUCGCAGAGCGCUUGGGACUCACGGUCGUGGUCUGGGACCUCGACACUAACGACUGGCGGCUGAACGACAGGAGUCGGUCGGCGGCCGAGAUUGGCGGGCAGAUCAGGACGUGGCGCGAGGGAGGGGUGAAGGGGAUCAUGCUCGAGCAUGAUACUACGGCGGCGACGGUCGAGGCCGGGGUGUGGAUUUCAAAGUUGGUGGGCAAGACGAAUUAUACGGUUGCGGAUUGUAGGGAGCUGGGGAUGGCGUGGUAUCAGUAGGUGCUGUCUGACUGUUCUGUUCUGGUUCUGACUGUUCUGUGAUGAGAAUUGUAUGAAUAGUAUUACUAUUAGUAUAGUUAUAGAUUAUAGAAGUAUCAAUA